CGCUUCCACCCCAACUUCACAAGCUCGCCCUUGAUCAUCGCUUGCCGCAUUCCAACCAGUGUUAUCCCGUUCUUCAGCAACCUAGGAUAUUACAACAACAUUAUCACCGACAAAAUGAAGUCCUUUUCCAUCGUCUCCAUCAUCGCUGCCGCGGCUGUCGGCCGUGUCGCUUCCCAGUCCACUGGCGAACUUGGUGAUGCCACCAUCGUCUCCAACCCGGCCGGUGUUGUUUACGAGGCUGUCCUUCCCGAGAAGCCCUUCUACAAGGCUGGCUCGCUGGAGGGCAACGUCCAGGGCUCCAUCGUCGCCGUGACCGCCCCCGAUGGCAAGGGUGUCGAAUUCAAGGUCCGAUUCUCGAACCUUCCCAAGGAAGGCGGUCCUUUCACCUACCACCUCCACGUUGACCCCGUCCCCGAAGAUGGCAACUGCACCAAGACACUCGCCCAUCUCGAUCCCUUCAUCCGCGGCGAGGCCACCAAGUGUGAUAGCUCCAAGCCCGAGACGUGCCAAGUCGGUGACCUGAGUGGCAAGCACGGUGCCGUCGCCGUCGACUACGAAAAGACCUACGUCGACCCUUACCUCUCCAUCGUUGAGGGCCCCGGCUCCUUCUUUGGCAACCGCAGCUUCGUCUUCCACUUUGCCAACAAGACCCGCAUCAGCUGCGCCAACUUCAAGCUCAUCACCAAGCCCGACUCGCACGACAACUGCUCCACCACCACCGCGGCCACCAUGAGCGGAACCGGCGCCGCCCCUACCGCCACCUCUUCGCCGACGAGCUCCAUCGUGCCCUUCCCCGGUGCCGCCUCGACCAGCGGCGCUUCCAUCUCGCUCAUGAUUGCCGGUUUCGCCGCCGUCUUGUUCGCGCUAUGAGCAUGAGCAGGCUUGGCGUGACGUGACGUCUGAACUCCGUUUGCGGAAAUUCGACGAGUCAUCAUCAUCACCUACAAUCAACCUUAAAUCACAAAGCGGCGUUUUUUUAGUUUCACUACAAUCGAGAGAGCACGUCGAGACCGUUCCUGCAGGCCCAUAGAAGAGGGGAGGAAAAUUGGUAUUUCACGCAUUAAUCGACAGAGGGCCUGCGUCCAGUAAAACGGACAUAGGUCCAUACUGUU